UUUUCCGCCAAAUUACCGACGCCAAAUACAGAAGAGGAAAAGAGAAGCGAAAGGUGCAAAAAGCGGAGAGCAAAAUCCCAAGUGACAAAUAUUAUUUCGUGGCUCGCGGUGUAAACAAAACAGCCUUCAAAAUUCUUAAGAACGCGCAACCAGCGGGCCGCAAGUCGCUGACUAAGAUGGCAAUUCAACUGGACAAGAUACUGCAGGACAUCGCCAAGGAGAAGGCGCUGCAUCCAAACAAUGGCGGCGCCAGCAAGCAGGAGCAGGAGGAGGCUUGGGCCAGGAUCGGGCGCCUCAACAAGCUAUCCGUGCACGAGUCGCGCUCCAUCUUCAUUGUGCUGCAGAAGAAGUACGAGCAGGAGAAGCUCAAGGGCAACUCGGCGUGGAAGCUGUUCAGCCUGAUGCACCAGAUCCACCAGGAGCCCAAGGCCUCGGUCAAGGAGGAGGAGGACGAUCAAGUCCCUAUGGAGGAGGUCGAGGAAUACGAGAUGCUGGAGGUGCAGGAGCCGGAGGACGACGACGAAGCCCACCAGUUCGGACAGCCGGCCAACUCCACUGGCUCGGCCUCCGACGGCGAGAGCCCCACAAAGUCGCACAGCACCGGCUCGCCGGAGAAGGAUGAGCGCGUGUACUCCAAGCCCAAUGUUGACACUCCGCGUCCGGCCUUCGAGGAGAAGAAGCUGCUCAACACGCUGGCCAACAACACACCGCGCUCCACGACAAACAGCUCGCUGUCCGCCGCCGCAGCAGUGCUCCAAAAGAAGGGCAUCACUGUGAAGAAGACAAGCGGUUCUGGAGCAGGAGCUGCGCUCAAAUCGACGCCUGGCCAGCAGGCAUCGGCCAGUGGCUCGAAAACCAAUUCCUCGCGCACUACCAUUCAGCUGCCAGAGUCCCUGAAGCGUAAACUGUCCGAGGAGUACACUCCCUUGCCGUCACACAAAAAGCAGACCAAGAUCACGAGCCCCAAACAAACAGCUGCACCCGCAGCCUCCACUCCAGCUGUCUCCAGUGUUCCAGAUGCCCUGACGACCGGCAGUGUGGUGCACACAACAACCGCCCAGCUGAUGCAGGUCAAGAAGGAACGGGAGGACAACCAGACACCGCCGCCGGGCAUCAACAUUAUCACUAUUCCGGCUUCGCAACAGAUCAACGGUGGGGGUGGGGGACCCACCUCGUCUACGGCCGCCACCAUUGCUUCCACCUCAGUGGCAUCCACGAACGGCUUUUCGCCGCACAUCGAGGAGCUGGACUUCAAGAACGACAUCAUCUUCGACUCGAAGAUCAACGCCACCUCCUCCAACACACCCGAGAUUAUCAACCUGGGCAACUUUGACAAUUCGCUGCCGCCGACUUUCUUCAAGAAUCUGUGCAACUCGUCGCGACACGAGUCCCUCGGGCUGUACGUGGCCAAUGUGAUGAACCGACUCUCUUCGCGUGCCUCCGCCAAGCUGGAGCUGGGCAUCUUGCGCGCCAUUCUCGAUGUGCAGAGCGACGAACUGGAGUAGUGGCCCGACUGAUACUCUCAAUUUAAAUGAAUAAUCAGCUUACUUAUUAGACAAACUUGACGGUAGUUAUGUAGACCUGCCCAUAAACCUUUCUCGUAUUCACUGUAUUAUUUGAUUCGUGUUUAAACGUCAGCGUUGUGGCAGCCCUAUGUACGUACUCUUUCGAUUUAAAGCGCUUCUCUGUGGCUGCCACAACGCUGAAUUUUAAAUGUAUUUGUAAGUCUUAGAUUUGAGCCGAAUUCGAAAGUCCCUAGCUUAAGGUCCAAUGUGUCACUUGAUUUUAAAUACGUUCAUUUGCAAAUAAAGCUACAUAACUUACUUGAA